AUGAUAGAUCCAAGUUCAUCCGAGGAGGAGAGUGAAGAGGAUCAGAGCACCCACCAUGGAGGCGGCGGUGGCGGUGGCGGCGGCCGUGCCGGCAGUGGUAGCUCUCACGGUUCCCGCCGUCAUCCCGGAAGUAUUGGAAGCGGUCCGGGUUCCGGUAGCGUUGGCUCGCUCGCCUCAGGUCUCACCGCCUCACCAGGUGGUCCAAACCAUGUGGGCCCGCCGAGUACCGCGAGCAGUCAUGGACCUGGAGGUCGUGCCGUUGCGGGAUCGCAGGACACCGCUGGGACUGGUUUGGACGUGCCCAAUCUCACCAGCGCCAGGAACUCCUUGUCGCCGUCGAUGAGCGCAGCCCAGGAUGCUGCAAAUUAUGCUCAGAGACCUACCAGUCCGUCUCCCUCGGUGGCCAGUGAGAAAACGGAAGCGGAGUUACAAGAUAAGCAAGAGAGAGAGGAAGAAGAAAGGAAAACCCGGAUCCAGCUUUACGUUUUCAUAUCUAGAUGCAUCGCUUAUCCGUUCAACGCCAAACAACCGAUGGACAUGACGCGAAGACAGAUGAAAGUAACGAAGCAGCAAUUGGAGACCAUUUGUUCUCGUUUUCAGAGUUUUUUGAAGGGCGAGACGCAGAUCAUGGCCGACGAGGCAUUCCAUAAUGCCAUACAGAAUUAUUACGACGUAUUUCUGAAGUCGGAUCGAGUGGUGCGAAUGGUGCAAAGCGGUGCAUGCUCCCAGCUCGACUUCCGCGAGGUAUUCAAGAAGAACAUCGAAAAACGUGUUCGGAGCCUCCCGGAAAUCGACGGAUUGAGCAAAGAGACUGUGCUUACGUCCUGGUUGGCCAAAUUCGAUUGCAUUUUGAAAGGUACUGGUGACGAAGACACCAAAAGGCCUUCCAGGAUGCAACAGCAGUCUUUGAACUCGGAGCUGAUACUGUCGAAGGAGCAGCUAUACGAUAUGUUUCAGCAGAUUCUUGGCAUCAAGAAGUUUGAGCAUCAGCUUCUGUUCAACGCCCUCCUGUUGGACUCAGCCGACGAACAGGCUGCCGCCAUCAGGAGGGAGCUGGACGGUCGCAUACAGAAGGUCAACGAGAUGGAGAAGAACCGCAAGCUCAUGCCCAGGUUCCUCCUAAAAGAGAUGGAGUCGCUCUACAUCGAGGAGCUCAAGUCGUCUAUCAACCUGCUAAUGACUAAUUUGGAGUCGUUACCAGUCUCCAAAGGUUCGAUAGACAGCAAAUAUGGGCUGCAGAAGCUGAAGCGCUACAACCAUCGUGGUGAGCGCUCCCGCUGCCGCGGUCAGGGUUCCCUCGCUAAACUGGAGGGCGACUCCGCCGAUUCCGAUCCCCAGCUGACGAAAAUGGACGUCGGCCUGACCUUCCAGCUGGAAGUAGUCGUAAUGGAGGUCAAGGGCCUCAAAAGCCUAGCACCCAAUAGAAUAGUUUAUUGCACCAUGGAGGUGGAGGGCGGCGAGAAGUUGCAGACCGAUCAGGCCGAGGCCUCCAAGCCUAUGUGGGACACUCAGGGUGACUUCACGACAAUGCACCCCCUGCCGGUGGUCAAGGUCAGAUUGUACACCGAGAAUCCAGCGAUGCUCGCGUUGGAGGAUAAGGAGCUGGGCAAGGUGAUCCUGCGGCCCACUCCGUUGUCGUGCAAAAUGCCAGAGUGGCAUCGCAUGAACGUGCCCAAGAACUGCGCCGAUCAGGAUCUCCGCAUAAAGAUCGCCUGCCGCAUGGACAAGCCGCUCAACAUGAAGCACUGUGGCUAUCUCUACGCGAUGGGCAAGUCCGUAUGGAAAAAGUGGAAGAAGCGGUACUUUGUGUUGGUCCAGGUCUCGCAGUACACAUUUGCGAUGUGCUCAUACAAAGAAAAGAAAAGCGAGCCGUCGGAAAUGAUGCAGCUCGAUGGCUAUACAGUGGACUAUAUCGAAUCCGUUUCUGCUAAUCUCAUAGUCGGCAUGGAUUUGGAGGGAGGAAGGUUUUUCUUCAACGCUGUGCGUGAGGGCGACAAUAUAGUGUUCGCCUCAGAUGACGAAAACGAGUGUCAUUUGUGGGUAAUGGCGAUGUACCGGGCGACUGGUCAGUCGCAUAAGCCCACCCCACCGGUCUCUGUGGCUGAUAAGAAUUCAACUAUCAGCAAGAUUCAAGGUGAUGCCGAUCGCGCGAAGAAGCAUGGUAUGGAGGAUUAUAUCAGCGCAGACCCGUGCAAGUUCGACCAUCACGUUUUAUUUAAGUAUUUGCAAAACUUGAUCCUGGACUACAGACUGAACGAUCCUUACUGUUCGCUCGGCUGGUUCUCACCUGGUCAAGUUUUUGUACUGGAUGAAUACUGCGCUAGAUAUGGCGUACGCGGAUGUUUUCGGCAUCUUUGCUAUCUUCAUGAUCUGUUGGAUAGAAUUGAUCGUGGGAUCAUGAUAGAUCCGACUUUGAUACACUUUAGUUUUGCCUUUUGUGCCACUCAUGUCUACGGCAAUACAACAUCCGCCGAUGGUGUGGGCUCGAUUACUCACGAGGAGAAAGAUAAAUUUCUCGAGAUUAAGGAACGGCUUAGGCAGAUACUCGAAAAGCAGAUCACCAACUUUAGAUAUGGUUUUCCAUUUGGACGUCCGGAAGGUGCGUUGAAGGCAACUUUAUCUCUCUUGGAACGCGUUCUCAUGAAAGACAGCGUGACGCCCGUGCCGCAGGAGGAAGUGAAAGCGCUGAUAAAGAAUUGCUUGGAAACGGCGGCGCUAGUAAAUUAUACGAAAUUGUCCGCCGAAGCGAAGAUUGAGGAUGAUCUCAGUGGCGAGGUGUGCGUGCCUCCCAGCAAGAAGCUGGAGGAUCUCAUACAUCUCGCCGAGUUGUGCGUUGAUUUGCUCCAGCAAAACGAAGAACAUUAUUCGGAGGUUGUACCGCAGGCGUUCGCCUGGUUUAGCGAUCUUAUGGUGGAGCACGCCGAGAUCUUCUGGUCGCUAUUCGCUGUCGACAUGGAUAAAGUACUCGCAGAGCAACCGCCAGAUACGUGGGACAGCUUCCCGCUGUUUCAGAUACUGAACGAUUAUCUCAGGACCGACGAUAAUUUGAAAAAUGGAAGAUUUCAUCAGCAUUUGCGCGACACAUUCGCACCGUUAGUGGUGCGUUAUGUUGACUUAAUGGAAACGUCGAUCGCUCAAUCGAUUCAUAAGGGCUUCGAAAAGGAGCGAUGGGAAAUCAAGGGCAACGGUUGCGCCACAUCCGAGGAUCUCUUCUGGAAGUUAGAUGCGUUGCAAUCGUUCAUCGGUGGAUUGCACUGGCCUGAUCAGGAGUUUAGACAACAUCUUGAGCAGAGAUUGAAGCUAAUGGCAUGCGACAUGGUGGAGUCGUGCAUUCAAAGGACCGACGCGGCCUUCCAACAGUGGCUUAAGAAAGGCGUGACUUUCAUCUCUACAGAUUACAUCAUACCGUCGGAAAUGUGCGCUAUGGUGAACGUUAUUUUGGAUGCCAAGAAUCAGAGUUUUAAGCUUUGUACUGUCGAUGGUGUCGAUGUGCAUCAAUAUCAUGCCAAGAUUGAUGACAUGAUUGAAAAAACAUCAGCGGGAAUGAAUCAAGGAAUGAUUAAUAAGCUUAUAACGGUAUUAGAAGCGACGCUUUCUAAAUUAUCUCGUUAUGACGAGGGUUCUCUUAUUGGCUCCAUUCUCAGUCUUACGAAAGUAUCAGGAAGUGGGAAGGAAAUGGGACAGGCUUAUGUAAACUUUAUGAGAAACUGUAUGGAUCAGAUUCGCAGCAAAGUCCUCGAUGAAUUGUGGAUCUUGACUUUCUUUGAGCAAUGGUACACGGCGCAGAUACAAAUGCUGUGUAACUGGUUGUCUGAGAGACUUGAUCAUAGCUUGCAUUUGUAUCAAUGUACCUGCUUAGCUCAUAUUGUGAAAAAGAUCUACUCAGACUUUGAGCUUCAAGGUGUCAUGGAGGAGAAACUCAACACGAAGACAUAUCAGACUAUAGACAAGAGGAUGAAGACGGAAGAAGCAACUUGUGCCUUAACCAUGAGCGCUCAGAACGAAGAAGGGCUUUCGGAGAAUGGCAAUGAUGACGAGGUGGAGAGACCUAAGACAAAAGUGACGAUCGUUGAAACGAUAACGGAAGACGCGAAUUACGUGGCUAAUCUAAGCAACGUCACUUCGAACGUUGUCGGCAAAGUCGGUAGCAUGUUUGGCAAGGGCAUCGGCGGUCUUUCUACAAAAUUCGGCUCAGCCAGCAAUUGGUUCUAGUUAUUGUUUCUAGCACUCUGCCAGUAAACCUUACAUUCGACUAGUACGUUCCUUCGUCUAAAUAAGGGGUUGCGAACGGGAAGACUUCUAAAGGCAUAGACAGUACCCUAUAGGCAGUACGAUGAUCUAGAGUUUUGUCCAUAUAAACGAAUGGUACGAUUAAACGAUGCAAUCGAUCAGAUCAGUUGGCUUUUAUCGUCUAGCAAAUUAUUUUUGGUUUUAUUGCGGAUUUCUCUUUGAGAAAGGCUUUCGGCCGUUCUCCGCGACGUCCGACGCGCGGAACUACAAAAUUACUUACUGAUUAAUCAUGAUCGAAGAACUGUAAUUGUUAAUACCAUUUAUGUUUACUUAGUCGUAGUUUUCGAAUUUAAAAUAAUAAUGCAUAUUAGACGUAACAACACGCGCGUUGAGAAUUACAAACUUGUUGUCGGCUCGUUUCAAUUAACCGUUUAUGUUUGAUCUCAGGUAAUAGCGAAAAUAUAGGCAAAAUAUAUUCGGAAAGGCUGAUUGUGCAAGAAUAUACGCACGAUAUAGACGAGAGUAAACGCGUAGAUAUCUAAUCAUAUUACAAAGGUAUAUGUAUAUAAACGUACAUGUGCAUAUGCAACGUGUAAUUAUGAGGUAUUCAUACAUUCUGUCGUGGUCUGCAUGCGCCAGGCUAACGUCGUUGAUAUUUAUAUAUUUAGCUGAAUUGUCAGAGCACAGAAUGCAGAUGCAGAUUUUUCCUAGUCUGUGUACCGCGAGUUGCUUUUGCGGAUUUAGUUGUCGAAGGAUAAGAGCACGGACACGUAUUUCGCGUAAGUUGAAAGAGAUUCUCGGGUCGAUUGCAACGUUACUUGGAUGCAGGAUGUGGGACCGCGAGAGAUAAAAACGUGAAAAAUCCCAGAACAUAGAAAAGAGAAAAAUGGGUCGGAAAGAGAACCGCGAUUAAAACGAAACUGCUUACCGAGUUAAUUUUGCAACCAACGAGGCAAUGCUUUUUCAACUGUUAGGUACGAUCGCUGUUAUCUGUUGGAUGACCAUUCGCCUGAUACCCGAACGGAAGAUCUCGUAUUAUCAUCAAAAUUUGUUACGAAACGAAAAUAAGAAAAAUAAGGAAGAGACAAGUUGUGACAGAAAAUACAACAUACGAGAUGGCAAAAAUUCUGUCAAAAAUUUCAAGCACAGCUUUUUGUGAAUCCAAA